AUGAAAAUUCAGUUAUCAUUGAGAAAUGAACCAGAAACACCUGUAGACCGCGAGACUGUUAGCAAGAAAGAAGAGAAGAAAAAAAAGGAACUUCCAUCAACUCAAAGUGAUACCCGAGCAAAAAACAUCGUGCCAUGUUCACAAGAUCAAUCAAUGUCUACAUCACUGUCUAUCAAGAAGAAACCUACAUUCUCGGGCCUAAAGGCUCAGGAUUCUUUGAUGAUUGUCAACAGUGAGAUAUCAUUGCAACCAUCUCAGAGCGCUGAAAAAAUAAACGAGAAAACUGGAUGGAAAGAGAACGAGUCCACUCCUUUGGCGAUGAAAAUCCACGAUUCUGAUGAUAAGUCUGCUUUCGUGACGGCGAAAGCUCAGGAUUCUUUAAUGGUUGUCAACGAUCUGAAGCCAUUACAACCGUCCACUAGUGCUGAACAAACAAUCUGGGAAAAGUCGGAAGAAUCAAAAAUUGCCCGACAAAAAGAAAUUGAACUAUAA